AUGAAUAGAUAAUUUGAAGUCAUGGGUUUGUAACAGGUGAAUCAACACUUACUAUGUUCAAUUUGCAGGGAAGUAUUUUAUAAUCCAAUCAGAGCAACAUGUGGACAUACAUUUUGUGGUACUUGUUUGGUUCGUUGGAUACAAUAGAAGAAGAGUUGUCCACUCUGUAGACAUCACUUAGAACGCAAUUAUAAAUUCGAUAAGGAUAUUUUAGCAACCAAAAUAGUUGGAGAUGUUAAGGUCAAAUGUUUGAGGUGUUAAUAAUGGAAUGGAACAUUGGCAGCAUUCAAAUAACACAAGAAAACAUAAUGCAAAUUUGUUCAAAAAAAUAAUGAAAUACCAUAAAAUGCAAUUGAAAUAGGAGAUGAUAAUGAUAUCACAUUUCCAUUUAUUAUUAUUGAUACUCGGAAAAUAGUUAAGACUGCUAACCAUCCUAUUCUAGUAUAAAUAGAUGAACAAAAUAACAAACAACGUGAUGAUCUAUUUAUAAGUUAAAUAAGAUAGAGUAACCAUUUUUAGAAUGACAAUCCUCAAGUAGAAAUCAACCCUUAUGUUAUAAGUGAUUAAUCAAAUCAUAUAAUAAUUGAAACUCAAGAUAAUCUAGUAAUAAUAAAUAUUUAUCUGCCCAAAUAAUGA